GUAGAAUUGCAUUUGUCUAUCUGGCAGCAUUGGUUCCAAGAAAUAAACAAAACAUGAACGAUUCUGAGCUGACCGAUCGCGCUAUUGCAGAGCUAAUGCGCGAGAUUGAUGCACAAAAUCCAAGCCUUGCUAACCAAACCCAAUGCGAACGCAAGGUGAACCCUCUUGGAAAAACAAAUAAACGCUUUUUAGGAAGAACAAUAAAUAAUGCACUAAGCCAUAAUAAGCGAGCAAAGGAGCGGACAGUAGCUAAUUGCCAACAAAAGCUGAAGGAUUUAGAUGACAGAUAUGAGAAACGAAAACUCAACAAGUUCUACAACAGAAAUCGAAGUACAAGCAGGAGCAGAAGCAAGAGCACAAAUCGGAGAGCCAGCAGAAGUAGAAGCAGAUGUAGGAGUGUUGACAAACGAUCGAGCAGGACUCGCAGCAGAAGUAGAAGUUCUCCUCGACGACGCAGCAGGAAAAAGUCAAAAAAGUCGCGUCGCAAAGAACGAAAAAGAAGCAGGAGCAGAAGUAGCAGUGGAAGUCCAUAUCGCAGUCGCUCCAGCCGACGGAAAAAACAAAAAAGGUCGUCCAAAAAAAACAAAAAAACUCGAAGGAGAUCCAGGAGUAGCCUGAGUACCAGAAGACACAGUAGCUAUGAUCCUUCUUUCAAUGAAACUCUACCUGUUCCCGCACCAUCAGAAUUGCUCCUAAAUCACUCGAAACAAAUGGCUCUGGUUGUGGCCAUGGCCUAUAGCCAAGUUCUCAAUACAAAGAUCCCUAGCAAUGCCCAAGAAAGAGCUUCUUCUCCACUAAGCGAUAUAGUAAAAGAGUUGAUGUCGGAUGACGAUCAAACUAACAAUAUAAGUCUCGAAUGUUUAUCUAUUUCAUCCAACGAAGCACCAAAAAAGGUUCUUACUAUCGAUGUUAGCUCUAAUUCCGAAGGAAAUGGAGAUUCGGAAAGCUCGGAUUCUGAAUCGGAAUCUAGUAGCUGUAUUGAGUUAGACAACACCAGUGAUUCGAAUAACAAUAGUGAUAUAGAAAUAGUCGAAUGUCAAACACAUGAGAUUAAAAAACCUGAUAAUGAACUCAACAAUAAAGAAUUGAGUGAAAGCGUACCCUCCGUUGACCUGACUGAUGAUUAAUUAAGCUUCUAGUUCAAUGGUGUUAACUAAAUACAAUAGAUUUAAAAUAAAUGUUAGUUCUUAUCUAUCAUCACA